AUGGUCUGUGAUUUCUUCUUUCCACAGCUGGGUGGUGUCGAAUUUCAUAUAUACCAUCUUUCUCAAAAGUUGAUAAACCUCGGUCAUUCGGUGGUGGUGAUAACACAUUCUUACGAGGAUCGGACAGGAAUUAGGUAUUUGACAAAUGGUUUGAAGGUUUAUCAUGUUCCUUACCUCACCAUCUACAGAGGAACGAGUUUUCCAUCGGUCUUUAGCAGUCUGCCCAUCAUAAGAAAUAUCUUUAUUAGGGAAGAUAUUGAUAUUGUGCAUGCGCAUGUGAGUGUCUCGUCGCUAGCGCACGAGAGUCUUUUGCAUGGUUCGACUAUGGGGCUACGAACGGUUUUCACGGAUCAUUCACUGUACGGCUUCGAGUCCGUGGGAUCAAUCUUGGUGAACAAGUUGUUAAGAUUCACCUUGACAAACAUAGGAGCAGUUAUAUGCGUUUCAAACGCUUGCAAAGAAAACAUGGUAUUGCGGGCAGGAAUCGCGCCGGACAAGAUUUCGGUGAUACCCAACGCGGUGGUAAGUCGUGAUUUUCGACCAAUUCAGAACAAGAAUAGUGCCAGACAGCGAAGAAAUCUUGGAAGUAUAACAAUUGUGGUAAUUAGUCGAUUGUUCCCGAACAAGGGCGCGGAUCUGCUGACGCAUGUCAUUCCGCACAUAUGCUCGGUGGACGCAGACGUGAAUUUCAUAAUUGCAGGUGAUGGCCCAAAAUUUGUCGAUCUGCAACAGAUGAUAGAAACUUAUAGACUGCAAGAACGAGUACAGCUUCUUGGGGCCGUGCAGCACGAAGAAGUUAGAGACGUCAUGUGCCGCGGAGACAUAUACUUACAUGCGAGUCUCACUGAAGCGUUUGGCACUGUUCUUGUUGAGGCGGCGUCGUGUGGACUUCUCAUUGUCACUACCAAAGUGGGUGGCAUACAAGAAGUGCUUCCCGAGCAUAUGACCGUUUUCGCUGAAGCUACUUCUGUCGACAGCCUUGUAAGUGCGACGCUGUGCGCCAUCGACUCAUUGAGAAAUCACUCAGUCAAUACCGAAACGUUCCACGACGAGGUAUCGAAAAUGUACGAUUGGACCAACGUAGCAGAACGAACUGUGAAGGUCUUCGACUCUCUAAUGGCCUGUGAUAAUUUUCAGAAAGAUUGGGUCGCAUUAUUGCUAAACUAUGGCUCAAAUGAAGGCUAUUGGGCUAAAGCUCUAUUUAUGCUUUGUGCCGUUGUGGAGUUCAUGUUAUAUCGGUUUCUGGAGUGGUUUUAUCCUCGCAGCGAGGUAGACAAGGCUCCAAAUUGGGUAACAAGAAGGGAAGAACUUGGAAUAAACUUAAAGAUCAAUGAAGAGAAAGCAAGUGGAGUCUAG